CCCACUCGCGGCUCUGCACGACUAGCAUGCUGCUGCGCACACCUCGUACUGUCGCUGCCCACACGCCCUGGCGCAUCCUCGCCCGCUCGCACUCGUCCCACUCGACCCCGCCCUCGUUCGCCCCGGGCGCCACCACCUCCGCCGACACCGAGAUCCCCUACGGCGACGCCGCGCACGCCUCGAGCGCCUACCUGCCCCGCAAGGCCGGCGCACCACCGCUCACGGCCGAGGAGCAGCGCGCGACGACCGAGGCGCCGCCGCUCACGCCCGAGCAGAAGCGGGUCAUCGAGCGCAUCAUCCGCGUCGACCAGGCGGGCGAGCUCGGCGCCAACUACAUCUACUUUGGCCAGCACGCCGUCCUGAGCCGCGGCAAGGACAAGCGCUCGGCCGACCUCGUCCAGGCCAUGUGGGACGGCGAGAAGAAGCACAUCGCCGCGUUCGACAAGCUCAUCACGCAGCACGAGGUGCGGCCGACGGCGCUGUACCCGCUGUGGAAGGCCAUGGCGUUCGGGCUCGGCGCGGGCACGGCGCUCAUGGGCAAGCGGGCGGCGAUGGCGUGCACCGAGGCGGUCGAGACUGUCAUCGGCGAGCACUACAACGAGCAGCUCGACCAGCUCAAGAAGGACAUGCCCGACCACCCGUCGAUCCCGCUGCUCGAGAAGGUCCUCACCGAGUUCCGCGACGACGAGCUCGAGCACCUCGACACGGCCGUCGCGAACGAGUCGCAGCAGGCGCCGGCGUACUCGCUUCUGAGCGCCGUCAUCGCGGGAGGGUGCAGGCUUGCAAUCGCGGCAACGAGCAGGGUCUGAGUGCGGCAGUCGGGCAGGACCGCGUGGAGGAGGGUCCGAGACGAAGAGGGCCAAAUUGCAGUGCCACUGUUGUUUUUCUGCG